AUGGCUCCGGUAGCUGCUGUCGCAAGAACCAACGUCGCACAUGACCUCAAAAAGAACCUAGCCCACGACAUCAAGUCGGAUUUCUACCGCACCGAGGUGUAUCCGCCCAUCUCUCACGAGCAUUUCGCCGGCGACAUGCCUGCCGCCAAGGUGUACGGCAAGCACGCUCCCUGGCCCGCGCUGGUGGCCGACGAGAACGCGUUGCAGCCGCUCGUCGACAAGUGGGUCGCCAACUUCAACGCGCUGCUCGACGCGGCCGCCGCGCGCGGCGCUACCGCGGACACCAACAGCGCGCUGCGCGCGCUGUUCGCGGACCACGCCGUGUGGCGUGACCACCUGGCGGUCACGUGGGACCUGCACUCGUUCCUGGGCGUCGAGCGCAUCGCCGGCGACGUGCUCCCCCAGUUGCAGCGCGCCAAGCUCAGCAACCUGCGGCUCGACCCGCACGCCGACUACCGCUACACGCGCGGGUUCGGCAAGGUCGUGUUCCACGAGGCCGACGCGUCCGCCGACGACCAGGCCGCCGACGACGCCGUGGCCGCCCGCGCGGGCGUCCCCAUCGAGUGGGUCCAGCUUUACUACAACUUCGACAACAAGGUGGGCUCCGGAAAAGGUGUUGCGCGUUUGUGCGCGGUGCGCGACGCGCGCACCGGCGCCGCUGCCCUCAAGUGCUUCACUUUCUACACCUCACUCGAGGAUUUGCGCGACACCCCAGAGACCGUGUUCGAGCACCGGCCAGAGGGCGUGGACCACGGCCAGCACGUGAACCGUGAGUCGUGGCUCGAGCGCCGCCAGCGUGAGUCUCAAUUUGGCGGCGACCACCAACCCACCGUGUUGAUCGUGGGUGGCGGCCAAGGCGGCCUCACCGUGGCUGCACGUCUCAAGCAAUUCGGCGUCGACUCGCUCAUUGUCGAGAAGAACAACCGCAUUGGUGACAACUGGCGUUUGCGUUACAAGUUCUUGGUGCUACACGAUCCCGUCUGGUACGACCAUCUGCCCUACCUAAACUUCCCACCCACCUGGCCCAUUUACACCCCCAAGGACAAGUUGGGAGACUGGUUUGACGCGUACGCCAAAACCAUGGACCUCAACGUCCAAACCGGCGCUCUUGUCACAGACGCCGAUUUCGAUGAAGCCUCGGGCAUCUGGACCGUCCAGGUGGUCGACAUUGAGACCGGUAACACCAUCGAAUAUCACCCUCAUCACGUUGUCAUGGCCACGGGUCACUCCGGUGAGCCCCGCGUGCCUCACUUCCCAGACGAGGACAAGUUCCAAGGUAAGAUUGUCCACUCUUCCAAACACACUUCGGGCUCUGACUUCACUGGCGGGAAAGCGCUUGUCGUGGGCGGCUGCAAUUCUGCGCACGACAUUUGCCAAGAUUUCUAUGAACAAGGUGUCGAAGUAACCAUGUUACAACGCUCCUCCACUUGCGUGAUCACCUCAGACCACGGCACCGUCAACAAUAUCGAGGGGCUUUACGACGAAACUGGUCCCAAGACCGAAACUGCCGAUCACAUAUUCCACUCCAUGCCUUUGUCGUUGUUGAAUGCGGUCAUGCAACAACAAUACCGUAAGUCGUGUAUUCAGGAUCACGAGUCGUUGGCAUCUCUCAAGAAGGCCGGUUUCAAGACCAAUGCAGGCUACAACGCUACCGGCCUCUUUGGGCUAUACUUCCGUCAAGGUUCUGGUUACUACAUCGAUGUCGGUUGUUCCAAAUUGAUUGCAGACGGCAAAGUCAAGGUUAAGCAGGGCCAGGGUAUCAAGAGGUUCUUGACCAACGGUGUCGAAUUCACGGACGGCACUCGCCUCGAAGGUCUUGACGUGGUUGUAUUGGCGACUGGUUUCACCAAUAUGAAGGAAACUGCUCGCCGUUUGUUCGGUGACAAGAUCGCCGACAGGCUUAACGAAGUGUGGGGGCUUGACGAAGAAGGUGAGUUCAGAACCAUGUGGAGAGACUCCGGUCACCCCAACUUCUGGUAUAUGGGCGGUAACCUCGCCAUUUCCAGAUAUUACUCCAAGAGACUAGCCUUGCGUAUCAUUGCGCAAGAGAGAGGCCUAACUUACUGA